CAUCGAAUCUUUCAGUUUUUCGUUCGCGUUUAGACAUAUCGCUUCGAAUUCAUCUCUUGACCUACAUAAAUUGUUGGAAGAGAAUUUUUAAUUCUUUUCUCUUUUUAGUCAAAAAAAUUGAUUAGUUCCUUAAUGAAAGUUCGAAAUCUCUUAAAAAGCGUUUAUGGGUGUGAUUUUUUAAUUCAAUGAUUUUUAAUAAUUUACUUUUCAUGAAAGCAGUACUUUUUUAAACAUCAGUGUCCAAAAAAAGUAAUUAAAAAUUACAAUCAAAUGGCGAAUUUAAUAGGACUAGUUGUCAGCAACUACAAUGAAAUACUUGAAAAAAAUAGAGAUCCCAUGGUGGAUUCCUGGCUUCUUAUGGGGUCUCCUGGACCAUUGAUCUUAAUUUUGGCAAUAUAUCUCGUUUUCGUCUUGAAAAUUGGUCCAAAGAUGAUGGAGAAAAGGCCUGCUUUGGAAUUAAAAAAACUUAUGAUUGCUUAUAAUGGAUUUCAAGUGAUUUUCAGCAUUUACUUAGCAUCGACGGCUUUUAAUUUAAAUUUCUUCCGAUACAUCUUCAGUAAUAGCUGUAAUACCCAGAAAAUUCAACCAGACAGAGAAAUGCAGACUUUACUGUCCUCCGGUGCAUGGUGGUAUUUCUUUGCAAAAGUAAUCGAGCUCUUAGACACGGUAUUUUUUGUUUUGAGAAAGAAAGAUAAUCAAGUAUCAUUUUUACAUGUUUAUCAUCACACCAUAACAGCACUGUUUUCAUGGUGUUAUCUAAAACUACUUCCUGGUGAACAAGGAAUUGUAAUUGGGAUUUUAAAUUCAAUCGUUCAUAUAGUUAUGUACAGUUAUUAUUUAAUUGCUGCCCUUGGACCUAAAUACAGAAAAUAUAUCUGGUGGAAAAAAUACAUGACAUGGAUUCAACUGGUACAAUUUGGAAUUAUGCUUUGUUACUUGAUGUUCAUUUUAGCCCUGGAUUGCUCGAUGCCAAAAGCUCUCACGUAUUUUUUCGCAACAAACGUCGUCAUUUUUAUUUAUCUUUUCACUGACUUCUACAGAAAAACUUACAAAAAGAAAAAACAAAUUUGAAUAUUCCUGAUACGCUUAAAAGAUAUGAUCGCGAUCUGUAAAUUUUUGCUUUUAUGAGUGAAUGAAAAGUUGUUUGUGUGAAAAAGAAAAUGUAAAUUUUCAAAGAGUUAAACAAACAUAGCAAAUUGUUUUAAAACUUUUACGUCCAGAAGAGAUGGAGGAGGAAAGUAACAAAAAUCAGUUUUUUGAAGGUAGUGUUAAAACUGUUAGCGAGAUAAGAUUCUAUUAAUGAUAUAUUAAUAGAAAGCUCAAAACUUCACCUCUUAAAUAUAAGUUGAAUUAAAAAUUAAAUAGUCAGUUAACAGCAAAUCCUCUUAGCGACAUCUGCAUUUGUUACUUUUCUCCACACCUCCAAAAAGAAUGUUACAGCACCUAAAAGGAAAGUA